GAGUCGCCGAUAGCUUUGCUCACCUGAAUGUCCCCGUGGAAAAACACCACGUGCUUGCUACUACCGCCGUUGUCUUCUGGUGACUCGUGUCCAUCUCCGGGCCGGAGGAGGAGCAGAAACAUGACGACCACUUCAAUGGGACGACGCCUGGUGACGUGCCUGCUCAACGUGUCGGAGGCUCGCAGGAAGGACGUGGUGGAACGCGUGGCCAAGGCCGCCUUAUACGACUCUCAAGGCGUUCGAAGAGACGGGACCGCCGUGCUGAACAUCUUCAAUGACCGUGACUACAACCGCUCCGUUAUCACAAUUGUGGCCACUGUUGAAGGCAUCGGGGAGGCCGUGUUGUCUGCCUGCGAGAAAGCCUGCGAACUGAUUGACAUGCGCGACCACUCGGGCGUUCACCCGUGUUUGGGUGCCGUGGACCUGGUCCCCAUCUACCCCCUGGGGGAGGACGUGGGCCCCGACGACUGUGCUCGAGAGUCUCGCGCGGUGGCGGUGGGCCUGACCCGGCGAGUGCCGGGAACCAGCGUCUUCCUCUUCGGGUGGGCGGACGCCCCGCAUCAGCGGGCACUGGCGCAGAGGAGGAAGGAGAUGGGCUGGUUCAAGAAGACGCCCGACUUGAACGGCGUGAGGCCCUGCGUCGGGCCCGUGCCACGCCAACGCUUCGGCCUCACCGGCGUCGGGGCCAGCCCCUACGUCAUGAACUGCAACGUGACUAUCGACACGCAGGAUCUGGCCGUAGGACGGCGCAUCGCCGCCGCCAUCAGGGAAUCCGCACCGGGGGGUCUCCCGGGGGUCCGGGUCUUGGCCCUGCCGCACGAGGGCGCCGUGGAGAUCGCCUGCAACGUGGAGAGCGUGCCGGGGGCCGGGCCCUGCCCGAGCGACGCCGCGGCGCCCUGGCCGUCCUUCAGCGUCGGGGGGCGGCCGUACUGUCACGUUCCGGCCGGUGUCAUCGCCGCCAGGGUCGCCCGGCUGGCGGCCGGGCACGGCGUGGCCACCCGGCGCGCCGCCUUGGUGGGCUUCAGCCCCAUCGAGUGUCGGGGCUUGGCCGAGUCGGCUCUGUCUCGGGGGGUUGGGGAAUUUUGGAAAGAGCGGCAAGGCGUGCGCAUGUGAAAAUAAAUUUGGAGUCAAGACCGCCUC